CCGGAUCUCUCCCAAUAACAGCUCCCACCCCCCCAGGCCGAGCAUGGGGGCAGCACGGAGCCCCGGCCGGGGGUAGAGCAGGGCCGCCAGCUGGGCCUGUGCAUCCCCGGCCUGCGGUAGGGAGCGGCCGCCAGGACCAUGCAGCCCUCUCCGCAAAGCUACGACUUCUACAGCGAGGAGAAUGGCCCCAGGUGGAGGGGGCUCUUCGUACAGGCCCUCAGGAAGGUCCAGCAACAGGUACAUCCCACCCUGUCUGCAAAAGAGGACUCCUUGUACUAUAUAGAGGAACUUAUUCUCCAGCUUGUGAAUAAACUAUGCAUUGCUCAGCCAAGGACUGUUCAGGAUGUGGAGGAAAGAGUUCAGAAAACGUUUCCCCAUCCAAUUGAUAAAUGGGCUAUUGCUGACGCUCAGGCUGCUAUUGAAAAGCGGAAACGAAGGAAUCCCCUGCUUCUGCCUGUUGAUAAAAUACAUCCCUUAUUAAAGGAAGUGCUUGGCUACAAGGUAGAUUACAAUGUGUCACUUUAUAUGGUGGCUGUGCUGGAAUACAUCUCUGCUGACAUUUUGAAGCUUGCUGGAAACUACGUAUUCAACAUACGGCACUUUGAAAUCUCUCAGCAGGAUAUUAAAGUGUCCAUGUGUGCAGAUAAGGUGUUAAUGAACAUGUUUGAUCAGGAUGAUGACAUAGGCCUUGUUGCCCUUUGUGAUGAGGAACCUGCCACAACUGGGGAGUUGAAUUACUACGAGCUUGUUCGGACUGAGCUUGCCGGAGAGCGCCAGUACCUGCGUGAACUAAAUCUCAUCAUCAAAGUAUUUCGGGAAGCCUUCCUUUCAAACGAAAAGCUCUUCACACCUUUAGACACAGAUACCAUAUUCAGUAAUAUUUUGGACAUCCAUGAAUUGACUGUAAAGCUUCUGGGUUUAAUCGAGGACUAUGUGGAAAUGACAGAUGAGAGUAACCCACACCCACUGGUUGGAAGUUGCUUUGAAGAUUUAGCUGAGGAACAGGCCUUUGACCCAUAUGAAACUUUGUCGCAAGAUAUCCUCGCUACCCAGUUUCAGGAACAUUUUAAUAACCUGAUGGCCAAGCCUGCUGUAUCCACAUAUUUUCAGUCCAUUUCCGAAGGGUUUAAGGAAGCCGUGCGCUAUGUUCUUCCACGCCUAAUGCUGGUCCCCGUUUACCAUUGCCUGCAUUACUUUGAAUUAUUAGAGCAGUUACAGGAGUGCAGUCAAGACCAGGAGGACAGAGAGUGUUUGAAGCAAGCCAUCACUGCCCUCCUAAAUUUACGAUGCAGCAUGGAACGUAUUUACAAUAAACACUCACCGCGUCGCAGACCUGGAGAACACACCUGGCGUCUGUACAACCGUCAAAUACGCAGCAAGCAUAUGGCGAUUAAAAAAAUGAUAGAAAUCCAGAAGAAUAUUGAUGGCUGGGAAGGCAAAGACAUUGGGCAAUGCUGUAAUGAAUUCAUCAUGGAAGGUUCAUUGAAAAGGGUUGGAGCCAAGCACGAACGGCAUAUUUUUCUUUUUGAUGGGCUGAUGAUUAGUUGCAAGACGAAUCAUGGACAGUCCCGAAUACCCAGUUACAACACUGCAGAGUAUCGACUAAAGGAGAAGUUCAUUAUGAGGAAGGUUCAUAUCAAUGAUAGAGAAGACACGUGCGAUUGCAAGCAUGCCUUUGAGUUGCUCUCCAAAGACGAGAACAGUAUUGUGUUUGCCGCCAAAACAGCAGAUGAGAAGACCAAUUGGAUGGCUGCUUUGAUCUCCUUGCAGUAUCGGAGCACACUAGACCGGAUGCUGGAUUCGGUGCUGAUCCAGGAAGAAAAUAAGCAGCCUUUACGGUUGCCAAGUCCAGAUGCUUAUCGGUUUGUAGAAGAAGAUUCUGAAGAAAACAUUGUUUUUGAAGACAAUGUGCAAAGUAGAUGUGGGAUUCCUAUUAUCAAAGGUGGAACUGUAGUCAAGCUAAUCGAGAGACUUACCUAUCAUAUGUAUGCAGAUCCUAACUUUGUGCGCACGUUCUUGACCACGUAUCGCUCGUUUUGUAAGCCACAAGAAUUACUCAGCCUCCUGAUUGAAAGGUUUGAAAUCCCAGAUCCGGAGCCAACCGAAGCAGACAGAAUGGCAAUCGAGAAGGGGGAACAGCCAAUGGCCACAAACCUAAAAAAAUUUCGCAAAGAAUAUGUUCAGCCUGUGCAACUCAGGGUAUUAAAUGUUUUUCGGCACUGGGUUGAACAUCACUUCUAUGAUUUUGAAAGGGAUAUUGAGCUGCUUGAACGAUUGGAAACAUUUAUCUCCAGUGUUAGAGGAAAAACCAUGAAGAAAUGGGUAGAAUCUAUAGCAAAAAUUAUCAGACGGAAAAAGCAAGCUCAGGCAAAUGGAGUGAGCCACAAUAUCACAUUUGAGAGCCCCCCUCCUCCUAUAGAAUGGCACAUUAGCAGAUCGGGACACUUUGAAACUUUUGACCUAAUGACGCUGCAUCCAAUAGAAAUCGCACGGCAGCUGACCCUGAUUGAGUCUGAUUUGUACAGGGCUGUCCAACCAUCAGAACUCGUGGGCAGCGUGUGGACGAAGGAAGACAAGGAAAUCAACUCGCCUAACUUACUAAAGAUGAUCCGACACACGACAAAUCUGACACUGUGGUUUGAAAAGUGUCUUGUGGAAACAGAGAAUUUUGAUGAGAGGGUGGCCGUUUUCAGCCGGAUCAUUGAAAUCCUCCAGGUCUUCCAAGACUUGAACAAUUUUAACGGCGUGCUGGAAAUUGUUAGCGCAGUGAAUUCUGUCCCAGUGUACAGGCUGGAUCACACUUUUGAGGCAUUACAAGAGAGGAAGAGAAAAAUACUGGAUGAAGCUGUGGAACUCAGUCAGGAUCACUUUAAAAAGUAUUUGGCAAAACUUAAGUCAAUCAAUCCACCUUGUGUGCCUUUUUUUGGGAUAUAUUUGACAAACAUUCUCAAGACGGAAGAAGGGAAUCCAGACUUUCUAAAGAGACAUGGGAAAGAUCUCAUUAACUUUAGUAAACGGAGGAAAGUAGCCGAAAUCACAGGUGAAAUUCAGCAGUACCAAAACCAGCCUUACUGUUUACGGGUGGAGCCGGAAAUCAGGAGGUUCUUUGAGAAUCUAAACCCAAUGGGGAACACAGCAGAGAAAGAUUUCACAGACUAUUUAUUUAAUAAGUCACAGGAAAUAGAGCCACGAAACUGCAAACAGCCUCCCAAAUUUCCAAGGAAAACCACUUAUUCCUUAAAGUCUCCUGGUAUUAGACCCAAUAGUGGGAGACAUUUAUCCUCCUCUGGUACACUGCGGGGUCAUCCAAUGCCUCUGGAAAGAGAACCUUAUAAGAUCAGCUUCAGCAGGAUUACGGAAUCGGAGCAUGAAUCAACGACCUCCCCACCAAUGUCUCCCAACACCCCUUCCACCCCGCCUGCAUCCGCCUCUUCUGAUCUUAGCGUCUUCUUAGAAUUAGACCUUGGCAGUUCAUACGGUAGCAACAGUAUUUUUGCCCCAGUGCUUUUGCCAAAUUCUAAGUCUUUUUUCAGUUCUUGUGGGAGUCUGCACAAAUUAAGUGAGGAGGUCCUGCUUCCGCCCCCAUUGCCUCCACACAGGGAGUUUGAUCCAGAUACAUCCAGCCUCACGGGAAGUUGCAAGUUAGAUGAUGAUCCUCCAGCCAUUCCACCAAGGUUACCUCCACCUCCAAAGAUACGGCCUCGAGUUCCUGCUUACACUGGACCUUUAGAUGGACUUUUGCAAAGCCCACCCCCACCACCUCCAAGAGACCCACUUCCUGAGACUCCACCACCUGUACCUCAGAGGCCUAUAGAACACUUUAUAAACUGCCCAAUGAAUGUGCAGCCCCAACUGUUUGGACGCCUUCACAGGGAACAGGAGUGGUUUCGGGAUGCUUGUACAGCCCCAAACUCGCCCAACACUCCUCCCAGCACACCAUCUCCCAGAGCACUGCGUCGCUGCUGUGGACUCAGUGCCAGUCACAACAAUCUUGCCCACAACCCAGCUCCCCCCAUUCCUCGAAGGCAAAUCUCUAGCCCCCAGUUACCAAAACUGCCACCAAAGACUUACAAAAGGGAAUUGUCCCAGCCUCCUUUGCACAGACUCUCUUUGUUGGAGAAUUCCGACACUCCACAAUGACUACAGCCACCCUAGUCCUUUACACUGGAUAAGGAGAAGCAUUUCUUUCUUUCUUUUUGUAAUUUAUUUGGAUUCUAAGGCAUUGUACUUUACUUUUUAACCCACACCCGCACAGGGGGUUAUACUAAACAUUUUUACAGUAAAUUGCUACUGAUCAAAAAAGCAGAAGCAUGAAUGAAUACCAUUGGAGGAGACUGUUUCUGACACACUAUGGCCUUUUUUUAACACUACAACAGCGUGUAACUGCCUCAGGUGAAAAGUGUCAUUGCCUUGUAUUGGAUGUUCCAGUUUUUUUUUUUUUGUUUUUUUUUAAUAUAU